UAUUUUAACUGGAAAUAUUUCUUCUAAAAGGUUUGAAUUAUUGCCAAGAUGACCUCCCCUUUGUUCAGAAAUAAUAGUGAUUUUAAAAGAAAAAGAAAAACAUUGUGUUGCUUUUCGAAAUUAUUUUUAAGGUUUUAACAACAAUUUUGUUUAGAAAGAAAGAAAGAAAGAAAGAAAGAAAGAAAGAAGCUAAAUGCAACCUCUUGCUAUCAAUCUCUUAUGUAUUCUUACGUCAGACGUCCUUGUUUAGUUGACAAGAAACCCAACCAAUGAAUUGUGUGCAUACCGGACUCGUGACGCACGCAUGAGUUUACUUUUGACCAAUCAAACUGGUGUCAUGAGUAACCAACCAAUUAGAUUUUGGAGGCGGAACAAAUAUUGAAGGCGCGCGAACGGUUAAGGACACCUAUGAGGAAAAUGGCGAUUAUGUAGUUUAGGUAUGCGAGUAACGUCGUGUUGACUCUCUAAGCUGUCUGGAAAGUAUAUUUUUUACGUGCCGGGGUGUCUGCUUUAUAGCGCAGGCGUUGGGUUAUUUCAAAGAGAGCCGUCAGAACAUUGGUAAAGCGUCACAUCUGACUGAAGUUUGUACAGCUGUAUUGUAACGUUGUUGUUUGCUAGCAGAUAGCUGUUACUGUGGAAACAUGAAGUUAACCAAACCGACCCACUUAAAACUAAGGUAAAGUUAUUACAUGAAAUGAAAGAGCGGUGUAUUUGAACUGCUAACCCUGUCACGGCAUUCUUGGUCAACAUUUGACCAAAACGUACCAAGUUUUUCAUGCCGUUUUCCCAUUUAUUGACAUUACAUUUAACAGCAUGGCUCUGCACAACCUAGUGUUUGUUAUCGAUGUUGAUUAUGAAGAUCACGCGUCAGACCAUCCACUGGAGGUUCGAAACAAUUUCGUGAAACGGGGAGUAUUGAAUAUCCUGUUGCAUUUCGGCUACAAAUAUGGAUUUGAGAAAGUGCGCUGGGGUUAUACGUUUUUCCAGGCAAAAGCUGGUCGCAGUGCCACCGUCAUAUCGAGAGGAUCCGACUUCAAGGAGCUGCGACACAAAACAUUCGAGGACUUUGAGCAAGAGCUUGAAGCGAGAUUCGAUGUGAAGGAUAAAGUGUGUCCUUCCCAACAGAAGCAACAGUCCAGCAAAUCGGUUUCAGUUCAAAACGCUCUUAGGGAAACUCUGCUGGACUUCCAGUGGGACAGACCGGACAUCACUUCUCCGACUAAACUUUCACUCAGACCCAGGAAGUCAAGUCGUGUUACAGGAAAGGCCGGUGUGUCUCAAGAAAGCGACUCUUCAAGCAGCGGGAAGAAUAUGGUGUUUGUGGUCUCACGGUGUCCCCGUUCGAGGGCUCAUCUCUUGGACUACCUGUCUGUAAAAGACGGCGACCUGCCAGCAGAUGUGACCGAAUAUAUCCUGCCGAAGAGUCUUAACGACAUGGUUGCCCAGCAACAAGUUGUUCUGCACUGGAUUGACACUCGUCCACAUGUUGAGAUCAAGAGCUGCAAGGACGGCUUCGGCUCCGACAAGCUGUCUGCGGUUCUGGCCCAAGCGGGCGGCAGAGUGAUUCCCCUGGUGGCUCUGUUGAACCUCUGCUCCAAUCACAUCUCUGACCCGAGACACAGGAGGGAAUCCUCCCUGUUCAGCUCCAGCGUGGGCUUCCUGCUGUCGUCAGAGAGGCUGUACCGCCUGGCUUUUCCUGCCGCAGACGCCGUCCUACGAUGGGACUACGGAGACGAUUCUCACAGCUGCCGUGUGGCGGUGGAGCCGAUGUGCCGAGGCCAGCGUCUUCUGCAGGAGUCCGUAGAGGUGCACCUGAAGGGGGCGCUGCAGGGCUGGGAUGCUUCGUGCCUGACUCGAACUCCCACCGAGUCGUGGCUGCUUCAGCUCCUCAGCAGCAGCUACCAGGAAGUGGCUGCCUUCCUGCCUCUCUUCACACAGCUGUCCGCUCUUUCACUUCAAAUGCUCGCUGAAGUCGGCCACAGUGGGCUGUCGUGUCCCGCCGUCUUCUCCCCGCUGUCCCAGUCCACAGCUCUGCUCACCGUUUUCCAGCCGAUCGUCCUUCAGCACGACCAGCUGCUGAAGACGAACAUCUCCGCCCCCUCCGCCGCGGAAACCUCCGCUGACCUGCCGGAAGUGGUGAACAGCGUUCUGGGCGUGGUCUAUGACAUAAUGAACCAGGAUGGCGACAGGACUGACGAUGAGGUCCGGGACCCUCCUGCACCUGAGUGGGCUGCACAGGAGCUGAGCCACAGGUCACCAAUGACACACACCUUAGAGGCCUGGUUCCCACAGUCGGAUCAGUCAGGAGUCGGCGCCAAUUUAAUGGAGUCAAUAAGAUUGCUCCAUGUGGUACCUGAAGAGGGAUCAGCUGAGGAUCUUUUUGAGGCUCAGCAGAAUCUGGUCAGCGGUCUGUCUGAACUGUACCAGGAGUCAGUCAGCAAAAAGGGGAAGAAACGGGGUGCCCACCGUACGCCGGUGAAGCAGAAGAUGAAGACAAUGAGUCGCUCACUGCAGAUGCUGAACGUGGCGCGGCUAAACGUGAAGGCUCAGAAGAGUCAGAGCGAGGCCGAGCCGCCGGGCGCCGACAGAGCCGGGAAGAGACGGCUAAGUGACAGGAACAAACCGGCAGCAGCGAGCGCGCUCAGUUUUUCUAGUGAGAAAGAGCUGCUGAGGCACUUGAAGGCCGGUUACAACAAGACGGUAGCAGAGAGAGACUCGUCUCUCCUGACCACCGCUCAGCAGCUUCUCAACGCCGUAAAAACAUUUCUAACUGCAGAGUCAGACUGGCAGGAAAAGGCGUCUCUGCUUGUGGAACAGCAUCUCAUGAAGACCGGCAAAUCGAUCCGCCAGCUGUACCCCAGCGCUGACGAAGCCGAGAGCAAAGUCAGAGAGUGCCAACUGCAAGUGAUGCUGCGGCUGGAGCUGUGCAGACGUUUUGCUUCCAAACAAUCCCACUCAGACGCAGACCGGAUGGUGGAGGAGGCGGCGGAAAUGCUCAGAAUAAUCUCGUUAACCAAAGACCCGGUGUGCCUAGCAAGGUUUCUUCAGGACGAAGUCCUCCCAGGCUUCCUGACUGCUGUUCCGAAAGUGCUUGCAGACGUCUACAACAGCCUCGGCACUCAGCUCCCUGACGCCCUGGUGGCCGUUCUGCCUGCUGACUUCUUCAGCGACGACUCUGUUGCCAAGGACAGCAUCUCCCCCUCUGCCUCCUCGCCUGCCGUCUCGGCACAGAGCCUCGUCUCUAAUGACGGCUUGCACGACCUGCGGAACCGUUCGGCCAACAAGAGGAGGAGUGGAAUGUUGACUCGACAUCGCAGCAUGACUGAGUCCACACAGAGUCUUCGUCAAAUACAGCUGCCCAAGAAGACCACAAGAGCAUCCAAAAUGAAGAUCUCCCCUGCAGUGAAGAAGCCUGCAGAAGUACAGCAACCUCAGAAACAACAAACACAAGGUAUGUGUAGAAAAAUUAAAGUAGCGCUGUCGGGAUCAGACUAG